GAUGGCGUCCAACUCCACGACCCAGUUCUUUGCUCUGUCCCAAUCCUUCAGUAUCUCUGACAUCAUCAUCAUCGCUGCUUACUUCCUGCUCAACGUAGCCGUCGGCAUCUGGUCGUCCUGCAGGGUCAGCAGGAAUACUCUGAGUGGAUACUUCCUGGCUGGGAGGGACAUGGCCUGGUGGCCGAUCGGAGCGUCUCUGUUUGCCAGCAGCGAGGGCUCUGGUCUGUUCAUCGGUCUGGCUGGAACUGGUGCCGCCGGAGGAAUCGCUGUAGCUGGCUUCGAGUGGAACGCCACCUAUGUGUUGCUGGCAUUGGCUUGGGUAUUUGUACCUGUCUAUGUGUCUUCAGGGAUCGUCACCAUGCCGGAGUACCUGGGUCGUCGGUUCGGAGGAGAGAGGAUUAGAACGUACCUGUCUGUUCUCUCUCUGAUGCUGUCUGUCUUCACCAAGAUAUCAACAGACCUGUAUUCAGGGGCGUUGUUUGUACAGGUGUGUUUAGGAUGGAACCUGUACCUGUCUACUGUUCUGAUGCUGGUGGUCACUGCCCUCUACACUAUAGCAGAUGGUCUGGCUGCUGUCAUCUAUGCAGACACUCUGCAGACCUUCGUCAUGAUUAUAGGAGCGAUCAUCCUCACCAUCACAGCGUUCAACAAGAUUGGAGGCUACAGUAACUUGGAGAGAGUUUACCAGGCAGCCAUCCCUUCUAAGAUCAUCCCCAACAGUAGCUGCCACCUGCCCAGAGAAGACGCCAUGCACCUGUUCAGACACCCAGUUUCUGGGGAUCUGCCCUGGCCUGGCAUGACCCUGGGCCUCACUAUACUGGUUACCUGGUACUGGUGUACUGACCAGCUGAUCAUGCAGAGGUCCCUGUCAGCUAAGAACCUGUCUCAUGCUAAAGGAGCUUCUAUCCUGGCGUCCUACCUCAGGUUACCCUUCAUAUUCAUCAUCCUACCAGGCAUGAUCAGCAGAGCUCUGUACCCAGACUCGGUGGGCUGUGUGGAUGCAGAGGAGUGUCUGAGCGUGUGUGGAGCGGAAGUGGGCUGCUCCAACAUCGCCUUCCCCAAACUGGUCAUCGAACUCAUGCCCAGCGGUCUGCGGGGGCUGAUGAUAGCAGUGAUGAUGGCGGAUCUGAUGUCAUCGUUGACCUCCAUCUUCAACUCGUCCUCCACGCUCUUCACCAUGGACAUCUGGAAGGUGUACCGCACCCACGCCUCAGAACGGGAGCUGCUAUUGGUCGGCAGGAUAGUAACAGUGAUUCUGGUGGUGAUAAGCGUGGCGUGGAUUCCAAUCCUGCAGUCGGCCAAUAGCGGACAGCUCUACGUUUACAUCCAAUCGGUGACCAGUUACCUGGCUCCACCCGUUACCGCUGUCUUCUCAUUGGCUAUCUUCUGGACCAGAACCAACGAACAGGUUCUGCUCCGGUGCGGAGGGCGGUCUGCGGCAGCGGGGCGGUGCUCUGCAGCUCGGCGGAGGGACCAGCGGAGGACGUCCCAUUACUCAGACUCCCCAGCGUCAGAGAGAGUGUGUUCUGGUCUCGCCUCUGCUGCGUCAACGCCGUUCUGCUGAUCUGUGUCAAUGUUUUCCUCUACACUUACUUCCCCUGACCUCUGAACUCUAACUUCCUGUGGGCGUUUCCGUCUCCACGUCAAAUCAAUGUUCUAAUCGUUCUAGAAUGUUACGGACCUGUGAUGUCAUAUUUAC